UUGCAGCGAGUAGAAGUCAGGCGGCGCCAGGUUAGUCCGACCGACAAGCGGGGACGCCGAAGCCCAUGGCGGGGCGGCUUUUGGUCGGGCGUGAGCUCAGUCGGCCACGCCGGUGAGGUGCGUCCGUGCGCGCCAGGGGCGCAUGCGCAAGAUGUGGUCAGCUUUGGACAAGAUGCCAGCUCCAGCCACCACAUAUGAAAGAAUAGUUUACAGAAAUCCCUCUGAGCACCACUAUAUGAAAGUCUGCCUAGAAUUUCAAGAUCAUGGGGUUGGAUUGAAUGUUGCACAGUUCAAACAGCUGCUUAUUUCAGCCUUAAAGGACCUGUUUGGGGAGGUUGCUGCAGCCUUACCUUUGGACGUCCUAACCUAUGAAGAGAAGACCUUGUCAGCCAUCUUGAGGAUAUGUAGCAGUGGUCUUGUCAAAUUGUGGAGCUCUUUGACUCUAUUGGGAUCCUAUAAAGGCAAGAAAUGUGCUUUCAGAGUGAUUCAGGUUUCUCCAUUUCUCCUCGCCUUAUCUGGUAAUAGUAGGGAACUAGUAUUGGAUUGAGAAGUCUUCAAUUUCAAAAAUACACCGCCACUCUCAAAAGCGCUUUUUGGUGACAAUAUGAUGUUUGAAGACUGAAGCAGUCUAAAGCUCCAACUGCUGUAAUUUGAUGGUGCUGAAGAUGUUCCCAGUAAUUUCCCGCCAUCGUCUGUGGUGGGGUGGGCUUCAGAGGAGCAUCUGCCCGAGCCAGCCAGUGCUGAGCAGGCAAUGUAUCGAGCAGAUGCACGUCCGAGUGGGAGACCGCGCUGAACUCAGCAGGGCCUUCACGCAGAGGGACGUGGCUGCCUUCUCAGAAUUAACGGGGGAUGUCAAUCCUUUGCAUUUAAACGAAGAUUUUGCAAAACACACCAAGUUUGGAAAGAGAAUUGUACAUGGAG